CGCAUAUUUGUCGCCAUGGCGGCUCACGCUAGCGAGCUGGAUAUUGCUAAGAAGAAUUUAACGGACGCAAUCGGCGAUAAUGUGAAGCACUACUGGGCAAACUUAAAGCUUUGGUUCACAGAGUUUGAUGUUGAGGCACGUCGACUUUUGCCUCAGGAAAAUGUCCACUUCCACAACGACUUCCUACUGGCCAUUCUCACACGAUGUCAGAUCAUUGUCUCCACACCAGACGGCACCGUUCCUUCACAAAGGCAGGGAAGCUGCGCUGCAAAGCCUGGCAAGCCAAAAGGAAAGAAGAAAUGUUCAUCCAGACAGAAAUUUGAUCAUCGCUUCCAGCCACAGAACCCUCUUAGCGGUGCGCAGCCAUUCAGCCCACGUGAGGCGGGGAGCGAGGAGGAGGAGCUGCGCCUGAGCGGCCACACGCUGCUGCUGCCGACGCGGGGCCAGCUGGAGGCCCGCAUGAUGGUCACCGCCUUCGAGAUGGGGCUGGAUAACGUCACAGAAGAGGCCAUCAGCACCAUGAUCUAUGCUGUGGAGCACCACUUGAAGGACGUCCUGACUGCCGUAAUCACACGGAGGAAAGCGUAUCGGUUGCGUGACGGGCACUUCCCUUACGCCUUUGGUACCGACGUCACACCUCGGCCUUAUCUCAAGAACAGCCUUUCUGCUUACCACGGCAUCAGCGAAUGUCCGCCUCCAAGUGCCUCUCUACCCGCAUGCCCGCCCCCUCAGGUGUCGCCUGAUGACGCCGAGCAGAAAGCUGUUCACCUAUUGGCCUGCUCCUCUGACACUCUACCUGCGCCACUGCCUCCAAUCAGCCUGUUUGACCUCCUGGAAGCUUUAAAGGUUCAUCGCGGCGUGAUGCCCUCCCACACGAUGUACGCUCUCAACAUGGAGCGCAUCCUGGCACAGCUCUGGCACCCCAGCCACGAAGAACUGGAGCAGGAUCACAUACACAGACAGAGGCUGGCUGGUAAGGAGGGCAUGCUGGUCAGCUGAGAGGCUCUCACCCCCAGCCUGUAGGACUGAGGUAACCCUUGGAGAUCAGUAGUUCUCUGGGACACCCACAUGGAAAUGGAUCAAGGGAAAAACUGUGUUCAACAAGUGAAAGAUGUGGAUCAUACCUGUGGUUUACAGAUGGAGCAAGAGGAGCCAUAAUGCUGGGAAACUGCUGCAUGAGUCAUUCCCCCAGACACAAGACCAUCGCUGUCCAACUUUUAAUUCCUUGUUUACCACACAAUAAAAGAUAAUCUGGUUGUUAUGCAGUCUGUUUAAACUUCAGGAAUGAAUUAAUGUGCAAAUGAGAACAAGAUUCCAAUUUUGAAAGAAGAUGGUUAAGCUAGCUCAUGUUGUCUAAGAAUUUCUUAUCAAAAUAUUGUUUGGAGGAUUUACUGAAGGGAUUUCUCCUGCAAAUCAAACCUGCUUAAAGAGAUGAGUCACUCCUGGAUGAAUUAUCUACAUCAACUUUACAAAAUUAAUAAUCAUUUAAAAAGUUUAAAUAAUAAAAACAUUUAACGCAGGUUCAGUUUACUUUAGAUUUGGUCAAAUUCUUGAACACAUACUGACAAAUAUCCAUUUAUUUCUUUUUUUCCCCGUCCAAUUGUAUUUAAGGCUGU